AUGUUACUGACUUUGUAUUUCCUAUUUCCGGUAGCCUCCUUAGUCUAUAUUUUAUUGAUUUCUUUAGAAAGGUUACAUGCUACAAUAUAUCCUUUCAAGCACUGCCUUAUUGGAGGAAAGGUUUACUUUAGGAUUAUUGCUUUUAGUUGGUUGGUGGCAUUGGUUCUAGCAUUUGUGUUUGCUUUUCUUUUAUUGCGUGUUUCGUUUGUAUUCCCAUACGCAUAUGCAUCUUUUGCUUUUAUCACCCUUCUAAUUCUCGCAGUCUCUUAUGUUAGGAUUAUUCUAAACGUCAAGAAAUAUACUCACUCGGCACAGAAUUUUGGCUCGUUACUUUCGGAAGAGAGAAAACUAUCGCUAACAUUAUUUAUCAUGACCUUGACCUCGUUUCUGACCAUUCUUCCUGCCGUUAUUUGGGAUGCCAUAAUUGCAGACCACUUGUGGUAG